CGCAACGCCGCCUCCAAUUCGCGCCUCGGCGAACCUCUCCUCCCCGUCGCAGGCUCGCAGCCGCCUCUCGGCAGUUCGGCACCAGUGCUCUUCGCCGGCGUCCGCUCCUCCUCCACUUUUCGACAGUAGUCUGAGGUGGGCUCCGCCGCUGAAUCGCUGAUGGUAGCCAUGGCGAGGAAGGACGAGGAAGUGGGGCCCUCGGACCGCGUGCCGCACCUGCCGUGGAUGCGGCGCCCUGUCGACAUCGACGCUUUCACCGGCUGCCCCGUCGAACAUCUCCCCCGCCUCCACCCCAGAUUGGCGGAUGCUUUGCAGAGAAUGGGAAUUGAAUCAUUUUUCCCGGUUCAAGAAGCAGCUUGGCUGGAAACAAUUGGUCCUGGUGCUUUUGAGAGGGAUAUCUGUAUCAACUCCCCAACUGGAUCUGGCAAAACGCUUGCUUAUGCCCUACCUAUUGUGCAAAUGCUAUCCACUCGGAAAGUGAGGUGCUUACGUGCUUUGGUUGUGCUGCCUACACGGGAUUUAGCCUUGCAGGUUAAAGAGGUUUUUGAUGCUAUUGCUCCUGUGGUGGGCUUGUCAGUAGGUUCAGCAGUUGGUCAAUCGUCAAUAGCAGAUGAAGUUUCCAAUCUUAUCAGGAAGCCCAAACAAGAGCUUUACCCAACUAUUGAUGAAAAAUAUGUUCAGAUGGAACCACAGACUAAAGUUGAUAUAUUGGUCGCAACUCCUGGAAGACUGAUGGAUCACAUUAACAUGACAAAAGGUUUCAGUCUAGAGCAUCUUCAAUACCUGGUCGUUGAUGAGACAGAUAGGAUGCUAAGAGAGGCUUAUCAAUCCUGGUUGCCAACAGUGAUCCAGCUUACUCACUCAAUUGGCCAACGUCAUUCCUGGCUUGACACUGCCGGGAAAACUCUACUACAUCCAUUGACUACCAUUAGAAGAUUGGGUGUCGAGCGUGGGUUUAAAGGUAAAUGCUUUCCAAGAUUAGCAAAGAUACUUUUGUCUGCUACACUGACUCAAGAUCCUAGCAAGCUUUCUCAACUUGAGUUGCACCAUCCCUUGUUGUUGAAUACUGGGAAGAAGCGUUACAGAAUUCCUACGAAGCUGGAGUCCUACAAACUGAUCUGUAAAUCAAACUUAAAACCAUUAUCUCUCAUUGUUCUUCUCCAAGAGCUGCAAGGGAAUAAGUGCCUAGUUUUUACCUCAUCAGUAGAAUCAAGUCAUAGACUAAGUACUUUGCUUGGAUUUUUUGAAGACUUACCCUUCAAGUUUAGUGAAUAUUCACGUUUGCAGCGUGAAUCUACUCGGAGGAAGACACUGGAUGCCUUCAAGGAAGGCAAAAUAGAUGUUCUAAUCGGUACAGAUAGAAUGGCUCGUGGAAUACAUAUCGAUGGUUUAAGAUAUGUUAUCAAUUAUGAUAUGCCUCCAUAUGUGAAAACAUACAUCCAUCGUGCCGGUAGGACUGCUAGAGCAGGGCAGUCUGGUUCUUGCUUCACCUUUUUAAGGAAACAUGAGGUUAAAACUUUUGACAAAAUGCUCAAGAAGGCAGAUAAUUCCAGCUGCAGUCUUCAUUCACUGCCUGAGGAAUCAAUAAAAACACUUUGUCCAGUUUUCUCCGGUGCUCUGAAAAAACUGGAAGAGUCUCUACAAUCAGAAGCAACAAGGAAUUCUAAUUCGGGAGAUAAAAUGCCAAGUGGCUCUAAAAGAAAGAGAACAAACUAUGAUCAGUAGAUUAGCUCUAGUUCUGAAGUAUUGGGCUGCAUUUGCUACACAGAUUUGGUAAUUCUCAGCCCCAACAAUUCUGUAAUUGGCUGAGCAUUCAUCACGGAUAUCCAAAACAAGAUGGAUGAUUGCAUAUGUUUGCUGAUCCAUUUGCUGUGCUCUCUCCAAACAGCUUUCGCCAUGCCUGCAACAGGCUGAUCCAUUUUAGUGCACGGUGCAGUAAGUUUCUCGGUAUUACGCACUAGGAAAGUAUUCUUCUUUUCCUUCUGUUGUGUUCAUCAUUCACUGUACAUUUAUGGCUAGGACGCUAUCCCCAAAGAAAAGUUGGCUACCUUCACAUCGAUGUAUCAACACUCUUAACCUUUCAGUUAUGCUUUACACCUGGAAUA